UACGAUACCAAGAUGGCGCUCCCCUGUAGGAGUAACGUGAAGUCUCUCUUCCGAUUCAUUCUCAAAACUAAUACAGCGAAACGAUUUCUCUGCGCUGGAAGCAAUGUAAAUUCUAAGGACUCCUCGGCCAGCGGUCGCGUGUUCUCUGGGAUCCAGCCCACAGGUGUGCCCCACCUGGGGAACUACCUGGGUGCACUGGAGAGCUGGGUGUCCCUGCAGGGCGUGUAUGGGUCGGUGCUGUACAGCAUCGUGGACCUGCACGCCAUCACGCAGCCCCAGGACCCCACAGUGCUGCGCCACGGCGUCUUGGACAUGGCGGCCAGCCUGCUCGCCUGCGGCAUCGACCCCGAGCGCUCCAUCCUCUUCCAGCAAUCUCAGGUGCCCGAACAUGUGGAACUCUCCUGGAUCCUGAGCUGUCUGACCAGCAUGCCCCGGCUGCGGCACCUACCCCAGUGGAAGAUGAAGAGCAAGCAGAAAAGUGAGGGAAGUGUUGGGCUGUACACAUACCCCGUCCUUCAGGCUGCAGACAUUCUCCUCUACAAGUCCACUCACAUUCCGGUCGGUGAGGACCAGGUCCAGCAUCUGGAGCUGGCCCAGGACUUGGCGCGGAUAUUCAACAACCACUACGGAGAGUUCUUCCCUGAGCCCCGCGCGCUACUCAGCACCAUGCGGAAAGUAAAGUCCCUCCGCGAUCCGGCCGUCAAAAUGUCUAAAUCGGACCCCCAGAAGCUUGCUACCAUCAGCCUGACUGAUUCGCCAGACGACAUAGUACUAAAGAUCCGCCGCGCCGUCACAGACUUCACCUCCGAAGUGACCUAUGACCCCGACGCCCGGCCCGGCGUGUCCAACCUGGUGUCGGUCCACGCGGCUGUCUCGGGCCUCACCGUCGAGGAGGUGGUCCGCCAGGCGCACGGGAUCGACACGGCCCACUACAAGCAGGUGGUGGCCGAGGCUGUGGUCCAGAGGCUGGAUCCCAUCCGGAGGGAGAUCCAGAGGCUGAAGGACGACCGGGCCCACCUGGAAAGUAUUCUGGCCCGUGGGACACUCAAAGCUCGGGAGCUGGCCUCACCGGUGAUGAAAGAAGUCCGACAGCGCGUAGGCUUCCACUGACUGUGUGUGUGUGUGUGUGUGUGUGUGUGUGUUUUUUAAAUUGCGGCUGCCCUGUUCUCCAAGGAAGAUCUGCUACUCUGGUGGAGUCUUGCUACAGCCUUAUAGCAACAUCCCUGACCAGAGGCUCCAAAAGAGAUGGAUUAGAUUAUUGUGAUUAUUAGAUGAUGCUGAAAUGGAACCACGUCAUAGAAAAGGAAUUUGCCAGCUACAAGGAGAAUCAAGCUGUAAUUCUUUUUUUUUUCCCUCUGUCACAAUGGAAGAAAGUCCUCUUCUGUUGUUAUCUUGUGAUACUGAAACUGACCUUGCUAGCCUUCUGUGACUUGAGUAGGUCAGUUUGUUUUGAUUGUUGUGGUAACAUUUACACUGAAGGUAACAAGGGCUAUUGAAUGUGAUAUGUUACCAGUGUCAGCUAAGGAGAAGGGACAGAGAGAGAGAGAGAGGUGCCUAGUCUUCCCAGUGGCUUGUGAAAAAGAACUCUUCUGUAUCCUUCAGGCCCUGCAAUCUUGGGGAGACAGACUGUUUUCCCAGAAUGUAUUCUGGGACAUUUUUAUUGGCACUAUGGAAACUAAAGCGAGACUGGUGAUGACGCUGUCUCUACUGUACAGGUGAGCUUAUAGAGACAAGCUCUUCCUUACACUGUUGCUCAGUCACACACUUUCAGUGACCCCCCCCCCACUGUUCCUUAAUUAUAUUAUUUUGUCAUGUUUUCUAUUUAUUUUCAGAAUAAAUGUAAAAAGAAUGUUA